AUGUUGUCGACAAGACAAGUCAUGGCAUUGACGUCCAAAACAGCAAGAACAGCCAGUUUUCCGUCCUCUAUAAAUCACGUCAUGGCUCCCAUGGUAGCAGCCAGCGAUUAUCCCUUUCGGUGUUUGUUGCGUCAACACGGCGUGGAUUUGUGUUUUACGCAAAUGAUGCACGCCAAGAAUUUGGUGAACGACAAACAAUUUCGAAAGACGCAUCUCGAUUUGCUGGAGUUUCUACCAUCACCACCUCCGCCACUGCUGUUGCCACAACAAGAACGGUUCCUACAGGGAUCACGCAUAUUACUAACGCCUGACGAUGAAAGAACCAAAUUCACACGAGGCCCGCUGAUUGCCCAAUUGGCCGGUCAUGACGUGGAUGCCGUCGUACAAGCGGCUGCCGUGCUCAUGGAAUCUUCCCAAGGACAACUCACCGGGAUUGACUUGAAUCUGGGAUGUCCUCAACACAUUGCCCGCAAGGGACACUACGGCGCCUUUAUCAUGGAAGACGAUCCCCAACGAGUUUACGACAUUCUCACGGCUCUCUCGACGUAUAUGGCGGAAUCCUAUCCACAAACCAUGGUAUCCGCCAAGAUUCGAUUGCCCCUCGACGAUAGUACGUUGGCGGAACGCAUUCCUCGGUUGAUUCAAACGGGAAUUUCCUUUUUGACCAUUCACGGACGCACGUUGCACGAAAACAAAACCAAAGUACGAGCGUGUCACGUCGAUCGCAUGACCAAGGCCAUUCAAACGGCUCGUGCCGUGCAACCUGAUUUUCCCGUCAUUGCCAAUGGCGGAAUCGAAACCUAUGACGAUGUCAUUGCCAUUCAACAGCAAACCGAUGCCACGGCCGUCAUGAGUUCCGAGGCACUCUUGGAAACUCCCAAUGUUUUUAUGUCAUCGUCGUCAUCGUCAAAAGCACCCCCACAAGUGAUAUUCCAACAACAAUUCCAAUUCGCACACGACUAUCUCGAUUGGUGCACCCGGUAUCCACCUCUUCCAGGAGUAUUAGGCAAUCACGGAAGUUUGUGCAUUUGUCGAGGACACUUGUUCAAAUUCUUGCAUCGCUAUUUGCAAGAACACCCCGAUCUGCGAGACGCAUUGGGAUCGCCAAAAUUGACGACAUGUGUGCAACUACGAGAUAUUGUCGACACGUUACAGUCGCGCUAUGAUGAUGACACGGUAUGGUCCGUACUAUCGUCCCAACCUAACGCGAGCUGGUAUCGACGUCAUCGCGAUGCUCUGGAGCGUGUUCAUACCCGCCGUGGAGGCGCCACUCCAAUCGCAGUACAAGCGUUGUUGUCUGUACCAGAGAAAAAGGCAUUGCUGCGAACACGCAUUGCCAAACUACAGCAACAAAACAAAGAAAAGGCCAUGUCGUCGUCGUCGUCCUCAGUACUAUGA